CGGGAGGGGAGCCGGCCGCCGCAGCCCGCCGCGGGCUUUCUCCCGCCGAGGGGCGAGGAGGAGCCUCCGGCUCCCGAAGGCGAUUGGGGAAUCCCGGGGAGCGGUGCCCCCCUCUCGGGGGUCGCGGACAACUCUGCAGUGUUGGGCAAACUUGGUGCCUGCGCGCCCCUCUCCAGGUUGCGCUGGGACUGUUUUGUUUUUGGCGGAACUGCGGGAAGGAAGAUUGCACAAGUUAGGGGCGUUUUCUAGCGAGUGUCCAAAAAUUUUUUUUCUUUCGGAUCUUGUCCUCCACGUUUCAUUUUCAAAAAAAACAUCGCACCACCCAACUCACGCUCGCACACCCCCCCAGCGAUCACCACGACCCAAACCCAGAGCGCGGAGCCGGGGGCCCGCCAGGACGCGGGAGCAGGCAUUGAUGUUGACCAUCAUAGAAAACCGCAAGUAAAGUCUUUGGAUUAUAUUGAAAUUCAGCAAAGAUGGCCAAGUAUGGAGAACAGGAGGCCAGACCUGAUGAUGGACAGAAUGAGUUCAGUGACAUCAUUAAGUCCAGAUCUGAUGAACACAAUGACGUGCAGAAGAAAACGUUUACCAAAUGGAUAAAUGCACGAUUUUCAAAGAGUGGGAAACCACCCAUCAGUGAUAUGUUCACAGACCUCAAAGAUGGAAGGAAGCUACUGGAUCUUCUAGAAGGUCUUACGGGCACAUCACUGCCAAAGGAACGUGGUUCCACAAGGGUACAUGCUUUAAAUAAUGUCAACAGAGUGCUGCAGGUCUUACAUCAGAACAAUGUGGACUUAGUGAAUAUCGGAGGAACUGACAUUGUAGAUGGAAACCCCAAGCUGACUCUGGGACUACUUUGGAGCAUCAUUUUGCACUGGCAGGUGAAGGAUGUCAUGAAGGACAUCAUGUCAGAUCUACAGCAGACCAACAGCGAGAAGAUUCUGCUGAGCUGGGUACGCCAGUCCACCAGGCCGUACAGCCAGGUCAACGUCCUCAACUUCACCACCAGCUGGACAGAUGGACUCGCCUUCAAUGCCCUGCUCCACCGACAUAAACCUGAUCUCUUCAGCUGGGAUAGUGUUGUUGAAAUGUCCCCAAUUGAGAGACUCGAACAUGCCUUCAACAAGGCUCAAACUUAUUUGGGAAUUGAAAAGCUGUUAGAUCCUGAAGAUGUUGCUGUUCAGCUUCCUGACAAGAAAUCCAUAAUUAUGUAUUUAACAUCUUUGUUUGAGGUGCUGCCUCAGCAGGUCACUAUAGAUGCUAUCCGUGAAGUAGAGACUCUGCCAAGGAAAUACAAGAAAGAAUGUGAGGAAGGAGACGUCAGUAUACAGAGCUCAGGACGGGAUGAGCAUGAUAGUCCUCGAGCUGAAACCCCCAGCACUGUCACCGAGGUGGACAUGGAUCUGGACAGCUAUCAGAUAGCCCUGGAGGAAGUGCUGACCUGGCUGCUUUCUGCUGAGGACACUUUCGAGGAGCAGGAUGACAUUUCUGACAACGUUGAAGAAGUCAAAGACCAGUUUGCCACCCACGAAGCUUUCAUGAUGGAGCUGACGGCACACCAGAGCAGCGUGGGGAAUGUCCUGCAGGCAGGAAACCAGCUGAUAACACAGGGGACACUGUCCAAUGAAGAGGAGUUUGAGAUUCAGGAGCAAAUGACCCUGCUGAAUGCCCGAUGGGAGGCACUGAGAGUGGCGAGCAUGAACAGACAGUCCCGGCUGCACGACGCACUGAUGGAACUGCAGAAGCAGCAGCUGCAGCAGCUCUCCGCCUGGUUAACUCUCACAGAGGAACGCAUCCAGAAGAUGGAAACUUGUCCCCUGGACGAUGAUUUAAAAUCCCUGCAGAAGCUGCUAGAAGAUCAUAAAAGUUUGCAAAAUGAUCUUGAGGCUGAACAGCUGAAGGUAAAUUCAUUAACUCACAUGGUGGUGAUUGUUGAUGAAAACAGUGGGGAUAGUGCUACAACUGUGCUGGAAGAUCAGUUACAGAAGCUUGGUGAACGCUGGACAGCAGUGUGCCGUUGGACUGAGGAGCGCUGGAAUAGAUUGCAAGAAAUCAAUAUGUUGUGGCAGGAAUUAUUGGAAGAACAGUGCUUGUUGAAAGCUUGGUUAACUGAAAAAGAAGAGGCUUUAAAUAAAGUGCAGACGACCAACUUCAAAGACCAAAAGGAACUCAGCGUCAGUAUUCGGCGACUGGCUAUUUUGAAGGAAGACAUGGAAAUGAAGCGGCAAGCAUUGGAUCAGCUGAGUGAGAUUGGCCAGGACAUCAGUCAAUUACUUGAUAAUCCCAAGGCAUCUACGAAGAUCAACAAUGACUCAGAGGAACUGACUCAGAGGUGGGAUUCUUUGGUUCAGAGACUAGAAGAUUCUUCCAACCAGGUGACUCAGGCUGUUGCAAAGCUGGGGAUGUCCCAAAUUCCUCAGAAGGAUCUUUUGGAGACUGUUCGAAUAAGGGAACAAGUAACUACAAAAAGAACGAAGCAAGAACUGCCCCCGCCUCCUCCCCCAAAGAAGAGACAGAUUCCUGUGGAUAUAGAAGCUAAGAAAAAGUUUGAUGCUGUAAGUGCAGAGCUGUUGAGCUGGAUUUUGAAAUCAAAGAGUACCAUUCAGGCCAUCGAGAUAAAAGAGUAUAAGAAGAUGCAAGAGACUGCAGAAAUGAAAAAGAAGUUGAAGGGAUUGGAGAAAGAACAGAAAGAAAGAACCCCUAGACUGGAAGAAUUCAGCCAAACUGGACAGAUCCUUUUGGAGCAUAUGGGAAAAGAAGGCCUUCCUACUGAAGAAAUAAAAGGUGUUCUGGAGAACAUAUUAACAGAGUGGACGACUGUCUCUGAGCAGCUGGAAGAAGUGGCAAGAAAGAUCCAGCUACAAGAAGAUAUCACUGCCUACUUUCGGCAACUUGAUGAGCUUGAGAAAACCAUCAGGGCAAAGGAGAGGGCCCACCAGGCUCCCUUUGCAGGCUCUCCACAACAGUCCUUGCCCAGCACGCGGGACUCCUGUCAGCGGGAAUUGACAAAUCUCCUCAGCCUCCAGCCCAAAAUUGAAACACUACGUGCAAGGUGCUCAGCACUGAAGUCACAGCCCUCUGCUCCUGACUUUGUACAGCAGGCUUUUGAUAGCUUUCUGGGACACUACCAAGCUGUGCAACAGGAUUUAGAGGACUGUCAGCAACAGCUGGAGAAUGACCUGAAGAGCCAACCUGGAUGUGCACAUUUGGAAACACUGAAAACAUUAAAGGAUUUGCUAAAUGAUUCAGAAAAUAAGGCUCAGACAUCUUUGAGUGUCUUGAAUGAUCUUGCAAAGGUGGAGGAGGCCCUGCAAGAAAGAAAGGCCUUUGAUGAGUUUCUUGAGAAUCAAAAACCCACAUUAUAUAAACUUGCAGAAGAAACAAAGACUUUGGGGAAAAAUGUUGCACCAGAUGUAGAAAAAAUGUAUAAGCAAGAAUUUGAUGAUGUUCAAGGAAAGUGGAACAAACUAAGUGUCAGAGUUUCCAAGGAUUUGCAUUUUCUUGAGGAAAUUACACCCAGGCUCAGGACUUUUGAGGCUGAUUCGAAAGUCAUUGAGAAGUGGAUGGAUGGCGUGAAAGACUUCUUAAUGAAGGAGCAGGCUGUUCGUGGAGACACGCAAGGGCUGCAGAGGCAGCUCGACCAGUGCUCUACAUUUGUUAAUGAAAUAGAAACAAUGGAAUCAUCUCUGAAAGACAUGAAAGACAUAGAAGCUAACCUUCAAAGUUGUCCUAUUGCUGGAAUCAAAAGCUGGGUGCAGACAAAGCUAGUUGACUACCAAACCCAACUGGAGAGAUUAAGCAAGGAGAUUGCUACUCAAAAAAGUAGGUUGUCUGAAAGUCAGGAAAAAGCAGUGAACCUGAAGAAAGACUUGGCGGAGAUGCAGGAGUGGAUGGCCCAGGCUGAGGAAGAAUACCUGGAGAGGGAUUUUGAGUACAAGUCACCGGAAGAACUUGAGAGUGCUGUGGAAGAAAUGAAGAGGGCGGAAGAGGAUGUGUCACAGAAGGAAGUAAGAGUGAAGAUUCUCAAGGACAACAUCAAGUUAUUAGCUGCAAAAGUGCCCUCUGGUGGCCAAGAAUUGACAUCUGAGCUGAAUGAUGUGCUGGAAAACUACCAACUUCUUUGUAACAGAAUUCGUGGCAAGUGCCACACACUAGAGGAGGUGUGGUCUUGUUGGAUUGAACUGCUUCAGUAUUUGGAUCUUGAGAACACCUGGCUAAACACUUUGGAAGAGCGAAUGAGGAUCACGGAAACCCUCCCCGAGAAGACAGAUGCUGUCAAUGAAGCCUUGGAGUCUCUAGAAUCUGUUUUGCGACAUCCAGCAGACAAUCGCACACAAAUUCGGGAACUUGGCCAGACUUUAAUUGAUGGGGGAAUCCUCGAUGACAUAAUCAGUGAGAAAUUGGAGGCUUUCAACAGUCGAUAUGAAGAACUGAGUCGCCUUGCAGAGAGCAAACAGAUUUCAUUGGAAAAGCAGCUCCAGGUCCUCCGGGAAACUGACCACAUGCUUCAAGUCUUGCAAGAGAGCUUAGGGGAGAUGGACAAGCAGCUCACAACUUACCUGACUGAUAGGAUCGAUGCCUUCCAGGUGCCUCAGGAAGCUCAGAAAAUCCAAGCAGAGAUUUCAGCUCAUGAGCUAACUCUGGAGGAGCUGAGAAGAAAUACACGUUCUCAACCUCCCACCUCCCCAAGUGGCAGGACAGCACGUGGCGGGAGCCAGGUGGAUGCACUGCAGAGGAAACUUCGAGAGGUGUCUACCAAGUUCCAACUUUUCCAGAAGCCUGCUAACUUUGAACAGCGCAUGCUUGACUGCAAGCGUGUGCUGGAAGGUGUGAAAUCAGAACUUCACGUCAUGGAUGUGAAGGAAGUGGACCCUGACGUCAUCCAGACCCACCUGGACAAGUGCAUGAAACUGUAUAAAACUUUGAGUGAAGUCAAACUUGAAGUGGAGACUGUCAUCAAGACAGGUAGGCACAUUGUUCAGAAGCAGCAAACUGACAACCCCAAAGGAAUGGAUGAGCAGCUGACAUCUUUAAAGAUCCUCUACAAUGACCUGGGGGCCCAGGUGACAGAGGGAAAGCAGGAUUUGGAGAGAGCAUCACAAUUGGCCCGGAAAAUGAAGAAAGACGCUGCUUCUCUCUCUGAAUGGCUUUCGGUUACUGAAGCGGAAUUGGUACAGAAAUCCACUUCAGAAGGUUUGCUUGGUGACUUGGAUACAGAAAUUUCCUGGGCAAAAACUAUCUUGAAGGAUCUGGAAAAGAGAAAAGCUGACUUAAAUGCCAUCACAGAGAGCAGUGCUGCCCUCCAGAACCUGGUGGAGGGCAGUGAGCCUGUCCUGGAGGCACAGCUGUGUGUGCUCAACGCGGGGUGGAGCCGCGUCCGCACCUGGACUGAGAGCUGGUGCAGCACCUUGAUGAACCAUCAGAACCAGUUGGAAAUAUUUGAUGGGAAUGUUGCUCACAUAAGUACCUGGCUUUAUCAAGCGGAAGCUCUGUUGGAUGAAAUUGAGAAAAAACCAGCAAGUAAACAGGAAGAAAUUGUGAAGCGUUUAGUUUCUGAGCUGGAUGAAACCCACCUCCAAGUGGAAAAUGUCCGAGAUCAAGCCGCUCUUUUGAUGAGUGCACGUGGAGGCUCAGGCAAGGAGCUCGUGGAGCCCAAGUUAGCGGAACUGAAUAGAAACUUUGAGAAGGUGUCUCAGCACAUCAAAAGUGCCAAAUUGCUAAUUGGCCAGGACUCAUCCUCAUACCAAAGUCUGGUCACCACCGAGGCAUUUGAAGCAGAUGUGCCUUUUUCUGAAUUGAAAGUAUUAGAAAAUGAUAUAGAAAAUAUGUUAAAACUUGUGGAGAAACACUUGGAAUCCAGUGAUGAAGAUGAAAAGAUGGAUGAAGAGAGCAUGCAGAUUGAGAAAGUUCUUCAAAGAGGAGAGCAAAUGUUACGUCAACCAAUGGAAGACAAUAAAAAAGAAAAGAUCCGCUCACAGUUGUUACUUUUACACAAAAAAUACAACAAAACUAAGGUAACCCCUCUUCGACAAAGGAAAACAGGUCAACUUGCUUCUGGAAUUCGAUCAGCAUUUCUCCCCACAGAUUACCUAGUUGAAAUUAACAAAGUUUUGCUUUUCAUGGAUGAUGUUGAAUUAUCACUUAAUACUCCAGAGCUGAGCGCUGUUGUCCUUGAAGAUUUCUCUUUUCAUGAAGAUUCUCUGAAGAAUAUCAAGGACCAACUGGACAAACUUGGAGAACAGAUUGCAGUCAUUCAUGAAAAACAGCCAGAUGUUAUCCUUGAAGCUUCUGGACCUGAAGCCAUUCAGAUCCGGGAUACACUUACUCAGUUGAAUGCAAAAUGGGACAGAGUUAACAGAAUGUACAAUGAUCAUAAAGGUUAUCUUGAUAGAGCUGUGGAAGAAUGGAGACAGUUCGAUUGUGACCUUAAUGACCUCGCACAGUGGCUAACGGAAGCUGAAGAGCUGCUGGCUGAUACCUGUGCUCCAGAUGGUGGUCUGGACUUAGAGAGAGCCAGGAGACAUCAGCAGGAACUGGAAGAGGGGAUUAGCAGCCACCAGCCCAGUGUUGCAGCACUAAACAGAACUGGGGAUGAGAUUGUACAGAAACUGCUCCCCACAGAUGGAAGCUUCGUGAAAGACAAGUUGGCAGGCUUAAACCACCGCUGGAGUGCGAUCGUGGCUGACGUGAAGGAUCGAAGGCCAAGGUUAAAAGGAGAAAGUAAGCAGGUGAUGGAAUAUAGAAAAAGACUAGAUGAGCUUAUUUGUUGGUUAACGAAGGCUGAGAAUACUGUGCAGAAGAGAUCAACCACUGAGCUGCAAAAAAACCUGCAAGAAUUAACAGACUUAACCAGGGAAAUGGAUAUUCAAGAUGAAAAACUCAAAUGGUUGAAUAGAAAUGAAUUGGAAAUGCUUUCUGAUAAAAGUCUGAGUUUACAUGAAAGAGAGAAAAUUUCAGAAAGCCUAAAAACUGUAAAUCUGACAUGGAAUAAGGUCUCCAGAGAGGUGCCCAGCACCCUGAAGGAGUGCAUCCAGGAGCCUUGUUCUGUUUCUCAGACAAGAAUUGCUGCUCAUCCUAGUGUCCAAAAGGUGGUGCUAGCAUCAUCUGCGUCAGAUAUCCCUGUUCAGUCUCAUCCUGCUUCGGAAAUCUCGAUUCCUGCUGAUCUGGAUAAAAUGAUAACAGAACUGGCCGACUGGCUGGUAUUGAUCGACCAGAUGCUGAAGUCCAACAUUGUCACUGUCGGGGAUGUGAAGGAGAUCAAUAAGACAGUUUCCCGCAUGAAAAUCACAAAAGCUGAUUUAGAACAGCGCCAUCCUCAGCUUGAUUAUGUUUUCACAUUGGCACAGAAUUUGAAAAAUAAAGCUUCCAGUUCAGAUGUGAGAACAGCAAUCACAGAAAAAUUGGAAAAGGUCAAGAACCAGUGGGACAGCACUCAGCAUGGAGUCGAGUUAAGGCAGCAGCAGCUGGAGGACAUGACCAUCGACAGCCUACAGUGGGAUGACCACAGGGAGGAGACCGAAGAGCUGAUAAGAAAAUAUGAGGCUCGGCUCUAUAUUCUUCAGCAAGCACGGCGGGACCCCCUUAUCAAGCAGAUUUCUGAUAAUCAGAUAUUGCUUCAAGAACUGGGCCCUGGUGAUGGCAUCAUAAUGGCGUUCGAUAAUGUCCUGCAGAAAUUGUUGGAAGAAUACAGUAAUGAUGACACAAGAAAUGUGAAAGAAACAACUGAGUACCUGAAAACAUCAUGGAUCAGUCUCAAACAAAGGAUAAUUUGGAAGCACAUGGAAGGAAAUGAUCAUUGCUCUUCAUUUAUAAUGCAAAUUCUGAGGUGUCUCCAGAAGUGUGGUAAACUUAAAAUGAUGGCUGUGGUGAGAACAUCUCUGCAGAAAGUUGUGGUUUUGUUGCAUCGUUUACAAAGGAUGGCAGUUUCUUCUCCUCGAUAUCAGAAGCUCUGUAAGGACAUCCAGGCAGAAAUUGAUGCCCAUAAUGAUAUAUUUAAAAGCAUUGAUGGAAACAGGCAGAAGAUGGUAAAAGCUUUGGGAAAUUCUGAAGAGGCUACCAUGCUUCAACAUCGACUGGAUGAUAUGAACCAACGAUGGAAUGACUUGAAAGCAAAAUCUGCCAGCAUCAGGGCUCAUUUGGAGGCCAGUGCUGAGAAGUGGAACAGGUUGCUGACAUCUUUAGAAGAACUGAUCAAAUGGCUGAAUAUUAAAGAUGAAGAGCUUAAAAAGCAAAUGCCCAUUGGGGGGGAUGUUCCUGCCUUACAGCUCCAGUAUGAUCACUGUAAAGCCCUGAGACGGGAAUUAAAGGAAAAAGAGUAUUCUGUCCUGAACGCUAUCGACCAAGCUCGAGUGUUCCUGGCUGAUCAGCCAAUUGAGGCCCCUGAAGAACCAAGAAGAAACCUACAAUCAAAAACAGAACUGACUCCUGAGGAGAGAGCCCAAAAGAUUGCCAAAGCCAUGCGUAAACAGUCUUCUGAGGUCAAAGAGAAGUGGGAAAGUCUUAAUGCUGUUACUAGCAACUGGCAAAAGCAAGUGGACAAGGCGUUGGAGAAGCUCAGAGACCUCCAGGGCGCGAUGGACGACCUGGAUGCUGAUAUGAAGGAAGCGGAGGCCGUGAGGAAUGGGUGGAAGCCUGUGGGGGAUUUGCUCAUCGACUCACUGCAGGAUCACAUCGAAAAAACCAUGGCAUUUAGAGAAGAAAUUGCACCAAUCAACUUAAAAGUUAAAACAGUGAAUGAUUUAUCCAGCCAGCUGUCUCCACUUGACCUGCACCCAUCUCUGAAGAUGUCUCGCCAGCUGGAUGACCUCAAUAUGCGAUGGAAACUCUUGCAGGUAUCUGUGGACGAUCGCCUUAAACAGCUUCAGGAAGCCCAUAGAGAUUUUGGACCAUCCUCUCAGCAUUUUCUUUCUACUUCGGUCCAGCUGCCUUGGCAAAGAUCCAUUUCACAUAAUAAAGUGCCCUAUUACAUCAAUCAUCAAACACAGACAACCUGUUGGGAUCAUCCCAAAAUGACUGAACUCUUUCAAUCCCUUGCUGACCUGAACAACGUACGUUUCUCCGCCUACCGUACAGCCAUCAAAAUCCGGAGACUGCAGAAAGCUCUAUGUUUGGAUCUCUUAGACUUGAAUACAACAAAUGAAGUUUUCAAACAGCAUAAGUUGAACCAAAAUGAUCAGCUUCUGAGUGUCCCAGAUGUUAUCAACUGCCUGACAACUGCUUAUGAUGGCCUCGAACAAAUGCACAAGGACCUGGUCAACGUUCCCCUCUGUGUGGAUAUGUGUCUCAACUGGUUGCUCAAUGUAUACGACACGGGUCGAACUGGAAAAAUAAGAGUGCAGAGUCUGAAGAUUGGAUUGACAUCUCUUUCCAAAGGUCUCUUAGAAGAAAAGUACAGAUAUCUUUUUAAGGAGGUGUCGGGGCCAACAGAAAUGUGUGACCAGAGACAGCUUGGCCUGUUACUUCACGAUGCCAUCCAGAUCCCCCGGCAGCUGGGGGAAGUAGCUGCUUUUGGAGGUAGUAACAUUGAACCCAGUGUUCGAAGCUGCUUCCAGCAGAAUAACAACAAGCCAGAGAUAAGUGUGAAGGAAUUUAUAGAUUGGAUGCGUCUGGAGCCACAGUCCAUGGUCUGGCUGCCAGUUUUACAUCGUGUUGCAGCAGCUGAAACUGCAAAACAUCAGGCCAAAUGCAACAUCUGUAAAGAAUGUCCAAUUGUAGGCUUCAGAUAUAGAAGUCUAAAGCACUUUAACUAUGAUGUCUGCCAAAGUUGCUUUUUUUCGGGCCGAACAGCAAAAGGUCACAAAUUACAUUAUCCCAUGGUGGAAUAUUGUAUACCUACAACAUCUGGGGAAGAUGUGCGAGACUUCACAAAGGUUCUGAAGAAUAAGUUCAGAUCAAAGAAAUACUUUGCCAAACAUCCUCGCCUUGGCUACCUGCCUGUCCAGACAGUUCUUGAAGGUGACAACUUAGAGACUCCUAUCACACUCAUCAGUAUGUGGCCCGAGAACUAUGACCCCUCCCAGUCUCCUCAGCUGUUCCAUGAUGACACCCACUCACGAAUAGAGCAAUACGCCACGAGGCUGGCCCAGAUGGAAAGGACUAAUGGGUCUUUCCUCACUGAUAGCAGCUCCACCACAGGAAGUGUGGAGGACGAGCACGCCCUCAUCCAGCAGUACUGCCAGACGCUCGGCGGGGAGUCCCCAGUGAGCCAGCCCCAGAGCCCGGCUCAGAUCCUCAAGUCGGUUGAAAGGGAAGAACGCGGUGAACUGGAGCGGAUCAUUGCUGACUUGGAGGAGGAGCAAAGAAAUCUGCAGGUGGAAUAUGAGCAGCUGAAGGAGCAGCACCUGAGAAGGGGCCUCCCGGUGGGUUCACCUCCAGAGUCAAUUGUAUCUCCUCAUCACACGUCUGAGGAUUCGGAACUUAUAGCAGAAGCGAAGCUCCUCAGGCAACACAAAGGUCGGCUGGAGGCCAGGAUGCAAAUUCUAGAAGAUCACAAUAAACAGCUGGAGUCUCAGCUGCACCGACUUCGACAGCUGCUGGAACAGCCUGAAUCGGAUUCUCGAAUCAAUGGCGUCUCCCCCUGGGCUUCCCCUCAGCAGUCUGCGCUGAAUUACUCUCUGGACUCAGACCCUGGCCCACAGUUCCACCAAACAGCAGCGGAGGACCUGCUGGCCCCGCCCGGGGACACCAGCACUGACCUGGCCGCAGUGAUGGAGCAGAUCAACAGUACGUUUCCGGCUUGCUGCCCAAAUCUCCCCAGCAGACCACAGGCAAUGUGAAGUGUUCAUCUCGCGAAUCAGCAUUUCCUGACGUACAGUAUUGCCCUUUUCAGCAAAUGCCAAUUCCAAGUUCCAUUUGAUCAGAAGCUCCAUGGCCCCUCAGACAUGCUGAAUGUUGGCUGUGUGUCUACUGGAGUAAAACACUGACUAUCCAAAGAGAAAAGGAUAUUUUGUUUUUAUAAUAAUCAUAUAUUAUUAUUUUCUUCUUCCCUUUCUAUGCAACUGUAAAUUAAUGAACAGAGAGGUAUUUGGAAACGGGAAUACAUUUGUGACUGAUUUGUAUACUGUAUACAGUGUUGGGAAAGUGGGUGGGGCUUUCUAAUAUGAUAACUUCUUUUUAAUAACCAUGACAAAAAUUGCCUAUGAAUUAGAAAAGACAAUUUCAUGUUUUUACAUUCCUUCUUGUUAACCUUGUACAAUAACUUCAUUUAUUUCUUGGACUCUUUUGCCAUUAUGUUUGGUUAUUUAUAAUUUAUCAGCCACAUGACCAAAUAGAUUCCCUGUGUUUGUUUCCAUGAUUUGGCCAAAUUAAUAAGUUCAUAGGUUUCAAUCAAAUAUUAUACAUAUAUGGGUUAAGCUACAGCUCUGUGUGUGCUAUUUAACUGCAUUUGACCUCAUACACUUACUUUUUCAGGGCCCACUUUGGAGACCACCAGAAAAAUCCUGUGGGCUCACUGGCAUUUCUAUUGGGAUUUUUUUCCUCUACAUUUUAUUUCCCCACUCUAUAUAAGUAGACCUUGAUUUCUUUAUUUCAUGCCCUGAUCUAUUCAAUAGAGGACACUUAAAGCAGGAUAAAGGUACCCAUUUAAGCACAUUUUUUUAUUUUGACGCAACAACAAAACUUGGCACCCAUCCUAGUUUUUCCAGGUUUUGAUUUUCAUCAUUCAAUGUCCAGGAUACAUUUACCUGAUGAUUGUGGUACCAGAAUCCAUCAGUGUCUGGUUCCCUUAGAAGAAAAUUUUGUUGCUGUUUAUGUAUAUUCAAGACCUUUAUAAUUCUCAAAGCCCCCAGUUUUAUUUUUUUUCUGAAAACACACAAAUUUAAUGCAUAUGUCAUGUUUCUGUUGGUUAAUGAAUACGUGUUUUAUUAUCCCAUUAGAUCAAUGUAUUUGGGAAGGAUUUUCAUUAAGAGUCUGCUUCUAUAGAAGAAUGAAAUUAAAGCUUAGCUGGUGUUACCCCUUACCUGAAGCGUCAGUGCAUUCAGUUAGGUAUUUGGUUGAGCUUCUGAUUUAACAUGUAAUUGAUUCUGUUUAAACAUGUAAUGUAUCUACCAAAUGUAGAGGAACCAAAAAAACUGAAAAUAAUAUGUUUUGAUUCACCUGGCAUAUGUGCUUCUAAAUCAUCAGGACAUUUUAACUUUGGGUUCUCUUGAACUGGGAUCUCUCCAGAAGGAGGCUUAAAGUUAGAAACUGCUAUUCUUUUAGAAUAGGUUGGGUGGGUAGGGGGCAAGGGUAUCUAUUUGCAGCAUAGAUAUUUUGAGAAGAAGAAAAUUGUUUUAUAUAAGAGGAAGCCAUGACCACCUUUCUACCUCAGAUCCAUCUUCAUCCAUUGCGUUGGAAAUAGCUUUAUGCCGCUGCAGUCUGAAAAAUCUAGAGCUUUUAUCAGGCCACAUAUUCCCCAAGAAAAACACCUAUUUAAAGAAAAGAAACUCCCUGAUCUCUGAACUACAUGUUGUAGAUUUGGUGUCUUCCUUGUUCUUACUUUGAAAAGUCCUGUAUUAAUUUUUUUCUGCCUGUGUUUGUGUGAGACAUGUCCUCUCUCUGCUAUUAAGGAACAGCUACAUAAAACACUACGUUGUAACCGUCUAAGUAAUAAUAAAUAAAAAGAAAUGUAUGGCAGUAACAACAAGGGGAAAUAAAUAUGUAGUUCUUUUGAAAUAUGUGGUAAAGAACUAAUCAUAGACUAUCAUCUAAUCUGGUUACAUGUUGUAUUUUUCAUCCUGAAUAAAAGUAAUUUUAACACAAGAUGACUUUGAUCUUCUUCAGCUGUGUUC